CACCCACUGCAAGUGAGAACCGGGGGGGGGGGGGGAGCGGGGGAAACGGGCCUGGUUUUGAUUUCAUCUCUCCGCACCCAUAGAAGCCGAAGACAAGUCGCCGUAAGGGAGAGAGAAAAACCAGUGGAAACAGACGUGGUUUGGACGUGUUUUGCUUUCGAAAAAAAGCGAACAGACUCAUAUUCGGAAAUCUUCUCUGUCAAAACUUUUCUUUUUUUUUUUCGUCGUGACUGGUUCUUUUGGUAUGCCGGCUGUCUGAAAUGUUCAAAGUUCUUGACCACUUAUUAUUGAACACGCACGAUUGUACAAACAAACAGCAUAGCGGCUUAGGAUUUUGACUGUUUUUUGUCGACGCACAACUGGAGGGUGAUUUGACACAAGAAAACAAGUCUUGAGCAACAGCUUUUCUAAAUCUUGAGCCAGUCUAGCUGGAGACGACGCAUCUUUCUUUGUCGCAAAGCUUUUUGCCACUCGUCAGAGUCAAAUCUGGUCAGCUGUGUCCGACGGGUGAAAUCUGGUUUAAAUAUAACCAGUACCAACUCGGCUCGUUCUCUCUGUUCGUGCUGAACCCACACAGAGGCACCUCCUACCACCUGACACGCCCCAGGAUUGGUCACCACCCGCUGUAACUCUUGAACGCGCCAAAAGGUACCUACGAAACCAUGGAUCCAGCAAGAUUUUAUCACCAGGUUGAGCAGCGCGUGAUAGAGUUACAGGACCAGAUCAGCCAGCUUGGCUCCAUCGCCACGGUGGGAGGCGAGCGUCUGGAUGCCACGGAGGCCAUCCAGGCCGAUAUUGCCAACCUCACAAGGCGGGUGGCAGAUGCGUCAGACAAGCUGCCUCCGUAUGACCAGAAACAUUAUGCAGAGGCCAUCAAGCGCCUCACAGAAAUGUUGAAUGAGGAACUUGCUCGUCUCCACCCAAAGCCCCGGUUCAAGUUCAAGCCGCGCACGGCCUCUGCCAUCACGUCCGAUCCGAAGAAUGAUCCUCGCCUGCUGCGGGGCACAAAUACCAGCGGGCCCGAUGCGGAGGCGACGGAAGACGUAGUAGGGGCACUGCCAAACGUUCCUGGGGGAAAGAGCUACAACGACGACAUAUCGCGACCCAGCGGCACGAGCGGGAUCCGAAAGCCCAGCUUUUCAGCCGCGCGCACCGUAGACAUCCGUGACCACGAAGGAUUGCACAUAAUUCUGCCCCUAACGGCAGCCAAGGCUACGAGCUCUGGCAGCCUGCAGAACAUGCGGAACUGUGUCGUCGACAUGUCAGAGCCCGCAGCUGGGAAGGCGUCGUUCGCCAACCUGGCAAUCCGUGAGGUGGACCGUUGUCUAGUCGUCGCGGGCAACGUCAAUGGGCCAGCGCACAUCACGGGCGUGAGGGAUAGCGUCUUGGUCGUGUCGGCACGGCAGGUGCGUAUACACGAGUGCCGCAACGUCCGUAUGUAUCUGUACUGUUCAAGUCGGCCGAUUAUCGAGGACUGCGAGGGGAUGAAGUUUGCCCCUAUCCCGGCUUCUCACUUAUCGCAGGAUCAAGACCCUACCAAAAACCAAUGGGAUCAAGUCGACGAUUUCAAGUGGCUUAAGGCGGACCACUCUCCGAACUGGGCCAUUCUGCCCGAAGAGGAAAGGUUGUCCGAAGACAUUUGGAAUGGGACCGUGAAGGGACGGCCAGGGUUGGGACCUAAGGAUAUCCUGAGGGAAACAGGGGUGUUGGUAGACUGAUUGCGUGUUUUGGGCGUGGAAAAAGUGAUGGUGGCAGAAACAGGAUGAGUUUUCAACCCUCGGUUGCAAGGCUGGGAUGAAAACAGCGACCUGAAUCGGCGGCCAUGCAAUGAUAGAAAAUCAAAACGUCGAAGUCGUGCA